AUGUCUCAAUCGACGAACAAUGCCAGCGUCAAGACCAGCUUCGAGCUGGCGUUGGACAAGUUCCGCGCUCAGCUUUCGGACCAAGAAAGGGUCAAAUUUGCUGUGACUAAAAAAGGAGAUUUACUGGUCGCCAUCCUCAACAUACAAAAUGAGCAGCGACUCUCAAAGAAGAUGGUAAACAUGCGGCGGGCUCAGGGGUUUAUUGAGGCCAUGGAACAGUUUGGCAAGGUUAUAGAGGUUUUUGUCAACUCGAGUGAGAUUUUGGCAUUUGUCUGGGGUCCCAUGAAGUUCCUCCUGUUGUCUGCGAAAUCUUGGACCGACUCGACCAAUGAGCUGUUGGAUACCUAUCAGCACAUCGCGGACAGCCUCCCAAUCUUUGAGGGCUACCAAGACCUCUUCAAAGAAGAUGGCGUAAUGCAAGAGACCCUCAAGCACGUAUGGGAGGUUAUUCUAGAUUUCCAUCUAGAAGCACUCGCCCAUCUCCGACAGAGAAUGGCAAAGAAGAUCUUCCAUGCUGUGUGGAAAGAUUUUAAAAGUCGUUUCCAGCCCAAAUUAGAUGAUCUCAAUCGGCUCAAGAAGCUCAUUGACAGACACGCGAGGCAGCUACACAUGAGACGCUACGAGGCCGACAGAGCCAGCACAGAGACUCACUGGGCCAAACUAUUUGCGGAGCUGGCACAGAACCGGAAGGCCUCCUCUGAGGACAAGAAGUAUCAGAGAUUACGGAGAUGUCGAGAAAUCCAAAGUUGGAUAAACCCACCUGCGGCGAUUGAGGAUCAUGAGGAGCAGCUUAGAGUGCGGGAAGACUUGCAAAAGGCAACAAACAAGCAAACGGGCCGCUGGAUCCUUGAGAACAAGGAAGUGCGGAGUUGGCUUGGGCCUGACGUCCCCAGAUCCUCCAUCGUCUGGGUGCAUGGGGUCCAUGGAGCCGAAUACGAAAUGUCUCUCGUGUGCCUGCAGUACUUGACAUUUGACUGCAACUUCGACUCGGAAUACCGGCCAGAGCUGGAAGAGGUAGAGGGGCAGACAGCCUUUCAAGAUUAUGCCGCUGCCCAUUGGGCAGACCAUGUCCUCAAGAUGAUCGAGGUAGCAGACAGGGCACCAGGCACGGAUGAGCCAUCCAUACCAUCUGAGGACAUGGCACAUGCAAUCGGCGAUUUCGGCGAGAUAUACCGUAUCGAUCUUGUCGUGGGAAGAGACGUCUCUCCCCCAAGCCCUAGAGCCUUGUCGAGACUUGGACUCCCGGCCAGUUUUGAUAUAAUCUGGCGGAUUGCUCAGCACGUGGAUUCGCUGCGAGGCACUGGUGAUCCCGACGAUGCCGUUCACCCGUCGACUCUAGCAAGAGCCGUCACAAGAAGCCGCGCCGCGUUGGAGAGUAGAGUCCUUCAAUCAGACCAGGAUGAGAAACGCAUCCUCGCCAAGUAUCAUGGCGAAAAUUCCUUCAAAUGCUGGAGGCGAACUUGCUACCACUUCCACGAAGGUUUUGGACUCAAAGAAGAACGCGAACACCACUUGAACCGCCACAAGAAGCCUUUUGAGUGUACAGAGCCGGACUGUGACUUUAGAUUAUAUGGCUUUGCGUCGAUGCCUGAGCUUAAGAAGCACCGUCGGAAUCAUCACCCAGACAAUUUUUCCACAUCUUUUCCAAGGCCUCCGAAAAAGACCAAACCUCGCAAAGUCGCAGAGCUCAAGUUCAAAUGCGAAUUUGAAGGCUGCACAGCGGCAUUUUCACGGAGGUCGGUUUUGAGAAGCCAUGCUCAGUUGCACGCGCUCAACUCACAUGGAGGGCAUAAGAUUGUAGCAAUGCCACAAAGUCGCAGCUUGCAGGAAAUGAUGCGCGAUUAG